AUGUUAGUGGUGGGUCAUAAUUUCCUUGCAGUGAUGAUUUCUCUGAUUAUAGAUGGUGCCAUUUCGCUGAGCCGGCAGCUGAAUAACUACAGGGAAUAUCAAAAUGAAGUGGUGAGUAUGGUGGGAAGAGCUAAAGCCAAUGCCAUAUUCUCUGGAGCCAUUCACCUUCUAAGUGCAGGGACCAGUGAUUUCAUUCAAAACUAUUACAUCAAUCCCCUUCUUAAAGUGUACUCACCUGACCAAUUCUCAGACAUUCUCAUGAUAUCCUACUCCACUUUCAUUCAGAACUUGUAUGGACUGGGAGUGCGAAGGAUUGGAGUCAUAAGCUUACCACCAACUGGGUGUUUGCCAGCAGCAAUCACCCUAUUUGGCUUAGGAAGAAACCAGUGCACCAACCAAGAUGCCAUUUCAUUCAACAAUAAGCUAAACAACACAUCUCAAAUUUUGAAGAGCAGACUCCCUGGUCUCAAGCUUGUAGUGUUCGAUAUCUUCCAGCCUGUCCUGGAUAUGAUCACAAACCCUGGUGAUAAUGGGUUCUUUGAGUCGAGAAGAGCUUGUUGUGGAACAGGUAGAUUGGAAACCUCUAUGCUUUGCAACUCUAGGUCUGUAGGAACAUGUACCAAUGCAACUGGAUAUGUGUUUUGGGAUGGCUUCCAUCCCUCUGAAGCUGCCAACGAGGUCUUGGCUGGCAAAAUACUUCAGCAGGGGUUUGACCUCAUAUCUUGA